AUGCAAUGCACUGAUAGCCCGGCGACCGCAAUUGCCGCCGUCACGACCGCGCCCGCUCCAACUUCCCCGUCGACAACGUCGGCUCCCACCCACACCAAUGUUGCUUCAAACCCCCUUGUAACAGGGCCAUCGGUCACUAUCACCUCCAUUUUCUCUGCCACAACUAACGCGACAACGACGGGCACAACCAUCUCUACCACAACCUCCAACGACUAUAACGCUCCUGACACAUCGACAACCGCCGACACAUUCGCCACUAUCGUCCCCACCUCCUGCGGUGCGGGCUCGGUCCCGACAUGUCCUCAUUGCGGCCGCAUAAUCACUUCACUCAUCGGCCAGGUCGGUCACUUGCGAAUCCAUCAUACAGAGACUGGCGAAGCAGUGCCUAGAACACCAACACACACUCGUUGCAUCAGCCUUUAUUGUCCACGUACAUCCAUCCGCGCAUGGGCCUACUCAGUUGCAUGCGUAUCCACGACAACGCUAUACACCGCAGCAUCGAUCCAGCUAGCACACCUUGCACAUCCACCACCGUCACUUCGACCAUUCCCCCAUCGCCACCCUCACCUCCCACCACCGCCAACAACCGCGGCACCACCAUCACCACCAGUAAAACUGACUCUGAAGCUCUCGACUUAUCCCACCCACACUGUCACCGAAAAUCGACCUCACUCAUCGGCUUGGUCGUUCACCUGAGAACCCAUCGUACGGAGACUGGCUAACCAAUGCCUGGAGCACCAACGCACACCAGACGUCCACGCCUCGCAUGUGUAGCGGCUGCACGGGCCUUUUCGACCUCCUGCACCUUUUCCGCCGACCAUAUCACCACCACACCUCCUCACAAGCAAGUACAACGUACACCAACAUCACCCAUUAUUACACAACGCAAGGAAACCAUCGGCAUCUCUCACGUAAGUGGAAGUGUGUCCAUUGCCUCCUCUAAUGCGUGCCUGAUCUCAGCCUAAGACUAUCAUGGCGGGCCUAGCGUCUUGACUUGCAAGGGUGCCAACUGACGCUUCGACUCAGUCGCCGCAGUCUGCCCAGUGGAGUGUAUUUGUGUGGAGUGGAAGACUGGUAGGCUGAGAGUCAGGAUGCAACGGCUCCUUUACUUGACCGACGGCACUCCAAGGCAUGUGAGGUGUAUGCCGCCUAACUCCGUUGUGUGAAAUCCUGGCGCUUGUGUUUGGGGGGCCAGGUCGUGCGUGUGGCGCGCGCAGUCAAGGUCACUGGAAAUGUCAGCCAAUGAGCUCAUUUCCCACACCAUCAGCUGACCGGCCUAGACAGCGGCAGAGGCUUAGAAAUGGCAAGGUUGAGGUCGACGACUCAGUGCAUUUCCCUCAUUAUAAACAAUCUGACGCGGUUGAGGCUAUCACGGUGUGUUAAAUUCCGUGGCUUUGUAGGCUGGCAACUGACGGAUAGUAGUCGGCCCAGUGUGCGUUUUUGUGGAGCGGUCGACUGGUGGUCUGAGAGCUAGCCCGCACACCUACCUAAAGUAGCCUUUAUGGCACUCCCACUACGUGGGAUCCGAGCCCGGCGUGACAGCACGCCUAGGGGCGGUUCCGGCCGCGUCAGCAAAUUGCGCCCUUUCCCACCUCUGGUCUUCUUGACCAUGCCUUGAUAUCGGGCCCAGGUGGGGAAGGAGGAGAGAGCGCGAUAGAUGCCGCGCAAGACCACUUCCUUUACAAAAGAAAUCACGCGCAAGUCAUCGUGUCUGCUCUCACCCUGAUAUGGAGCACACGGUGGACAUCGUCGAAAUCGAUGGUUGAACUGUCACCUGCGUGGUGCGCAGUGCUUACUCCUGCCGAUUCUCAGAAUGUUGAACUUGAUAGCAUUAAACGGGAGAAGCCAGUUAUUUGACCAUUGGUCGAGUCGACGCAUGGUUACUUGUAGAUUUGAUUCGUUAUCCUCGUUGCGGAUGACGAUUCAGGACCUUUUGCCUUCAGCAAACAGGACGAUAUUGCAGUCCAACCCAUAGAUGCAGUCGUCGGCAGAUAUAAGGAAGAAGAUAGGAACAAGAACGGAGCCUUGAGGAAAUUCGCUCUCAGCCGUUACCUCUGCCAAUUGCUGGUCGCCAAGACGGACAAUCUGGAAUCGACUAACCUGGAAGUCUUCGAUCCCCUGCAGAAGCUUGCCCCUUACCUCUGUGAGGCUGAGCCUAUAUAG